GUUGAAGCAAUAUGUGUCAUUGAAGAAACAGCAGAGGGAGAAACAAGCCGGUAUACUUGGAAGUAUCCCUUUAGGAGAUAAAGAGGCUGGUUUUAAGACAUGAAAUGUGCAGUUCUGAAGUUCUUGAAGCAAUUGAAAAUGUUAUUCAAGAUGUGCUUGAAAGCUUGUCCAAAAAACAAGCACCUGUUCUCACAGUAACUAGGAGAUCAGAUUGGAAUAAUAUUGAAUUUAAAGAUUCUGUAGGUCUACAGAUGAUACCGUAUUGUACUACAAAACAAAUCAGAAGUGACUGCCCUAGAUCAGCACCAAAGUUUGCUCUGAUGCUCAAAAUAUUAUCUAUGAUCUACAAGAUGGUGCAGAGCAAUACUUAUGCAACUAAAAGAGAUAUAUAUUACUCAGAUACACAACUGUUUGGUAGCCAGAGUGUUGUGGACAAUAUAAUCAAUGACAUUUCUUGUAUGCUUAAGAUACCUCGGAGAAGUCUACAUAUACUGUCUACAACAAAAGGUUUUGUUGCUGGUAAUUUAAGUUAUACUGAGGAAGAUGGUACAAAAGUGAAUUGUACCUGUGGUGCAACAGCAGUCACCGUGCCAUCUAAUGUUCAAGCAAUUAAAAAUUUAAACUCACAUGCCAAAUUUAUAUUAAUUGUAGAAAAAGAUGCAACUUUUCAGAGGCUCCUGGAUGAUGAUUUCUGCAUUAAAUUGUCCCCAUGUAUAAUGAUUACGGGAAGAGGCAUACCAGAUUUGAAUACACGACUUUUGGUCAGAAAGCUGUGGGAUACAUUUCAAAUUCCUGUUUUCACCCUUAUGGAUGCAGAUCCACAUGGUGUAGAAAUAAUGUGCAUCUACAAAUAUGGAUCUGUGUCAAUGUCUUUUGAGGCCCAUCAUCUCACUGUUCCAUCUAUAAGGUGGCUUGGUCUCCUUCCAUCUGAUCUGAAGAGAUUAAAUAUAUGCAAAGAUGUCCUGAUUCCACUUACAAAGCAAGAUCAAAAUAAGUUAGCAAGUAUACAAAAGAGACCUUACAUUGCUUGUCAGCCAAUGUGGAAGAAAGAGCUGGAAAUUAUGGCAGCAUCUAAAAUGAAGGCUGAAAUUCAAGCUUUAACUUCACUUUCACCGGAUUAUCUUUCCAGAGUCUAUUUACCAAACAAAUUGCAAUUUGGUGGAUGGUUAUGAAUGCUUGUUUGCCAAUUAACUGUUUUUAUUGAUAAUACUUUCUUGACUGCUUCUUGUUCAGUUUAUUACUACAGCUAGAUUAUGGUUAUCUAUUCUUUUAAAGCAGAAAAUGAUGCUGUACAGUCCUUUUAAUUUUUGAAGAGUAAAAGGCUUUGUUAACAAUUUUUUGGAAAUGUCUCUUUCUGGAAAUAAUUUUAAGUACAGUGCAGUGGUAUUUUGUGUUCACUGUAAACUCAGACCUAAAAGUCAGAGAUAAUUCUUCAUUACUGCAUAUCUCAGGCAGCUAUAAAUGUUCCAGCAACCAAAUUGAUAUUUGUUUUCAAUGAACAAGUAAGCAAGCAGAUGUUACUGAUUAAGAAUUUAAUAAACAAUCCUGUUAAUGAUGCACAUCAUAACAAAAUCCCUUGUUCAUUUUUUUUUAAAAAGUUGACCCUAAAACAGUAAAAAGAAGCCAGAAACUGCAGUGAUUAAAGUGUAUAAUGUAUUUUACAUGAAGAAACCAAAUUGAGUACAUAGAAAAUAUUUCUAAAACUGAUCCACAGAGUCAUCAAAAAAUAUUUUCAGUAGACUUUACAUUUUACUACUGCUCCACCAGUAUCCAAUUCAAAAGGAACUCGAAAUCCUUUUUAUUUUCUGCAGUGUAGCAGUGUUACUGCCUACUAGCAACUUCCAGUGUCUGGGUGCACAAAUAAUCUCGAUUCCCGAGUAAUACACCA